AUGGCCAUCCCGAUCCCGCCCGUGCCAAGCUGCCGUAUCUACGCGGUCAGCCGGACCUGCGGACUCGGCGGGCCCUACGGUCCCGUCGCUGAUCCCUCGCCGGUGCUCAAGGAGAGGUGCUGCCAGGAGCUCGCCGCAGUGCCGUCGCGGUGCCGGUGCGACGCUCUGUACUACAUGAUGGACACCGAGUUCGGCCGCCUGCAGGAUUUCAGGGGCUGCACCAGGGAGAUGCAGAGGGACUUGGCUCGCCGCCUGACGAGGGCGGAGGAGUGCAACCUGCCGACGGUCGACGGCGGCAUGUGCCACUCGCUCGCUAGCUCUAGGCCCGGCAUAUAUAGAAUUACUUUCCACAAACUGACCAUGAAAGCGCCGUCGUCUCAUGUGUAG